AGCAGUAGCAGCAACAGCAGUAGCAGUAGCAGCAGCAGCAGCAGCAGGUGAAAGCUAAAGGUAGCAUGGCGCUAGAUACGGAUGCGAAAAACUCGAAUGCAGUGGCCCCGGGAGAUGCGGCGACAGUGGCGGCAACAACAAAGGCGGCCAGCGGCAAGGCCAAGGAGAACAACAGCUCGGCCGGCAAAAAGCAGCAGCAGCAGAAUCAAAAUCAAAACUUGGUCAAUGGCAAUGGCAAUGCAGCCGACGGCCCCGCUGCCAAGAAGAAAGGCAAGAAGAACCGCAACAAAAGCCCCACUGAACCCGCCGCAGAACCCGUGGAAGCUUCUCUAAGCAAUGGACAUGCCGAGAAGACAUCAACCGAGGAGGGCGGUGACACCGCCGCUCCCGACACCAACGCCAACGUGGGCGAGAAGUCAGAGGAUGGGGGAGCACCCGGCUCCGAGCUGGAAACGGAGGACAUUGAUCUGGAUGCCCUGCACGAGGUGGGAAUCACGGUGAAUAUCAGCAGUCCUGGUGCGGAUAUCCUCUCCGUUCAACUGUCCAGCAUGGAGCUGGUCCAGGAGAUCCACCAGCUGCUGAUGGACCGCGAGGAGACCUGCCAUCGUACCUGCUUUUCGCUGCAGCUGGAUAACGUGACGCUGGACAACUUCGCCGAGCUGAAGACCAUCGAACAGCUGGAGCAGGGAUCCACCAUCAAGGUGGUGGAGGAGCCCUACACGAUGCGCGAGGCCCGCAUCCAUGUGCGCCACGUACGCGAUCUUCUGAAGAACUUGGACCCGGCAGACGCGUACAAUGGCAUUGACUGUACAUCGUUGACUUACCUAAACACGAUCACCCAGGGCGACUUGCUGGACAAGAAGAAGACCAGGCCCGAUUCGGUGGACUGCACGCCGCCGGAGUACGUGACUCCGGGCGUGUCGGAGCCGCCACUUCUGCCGCUGCAUCCGAACAUCAAGAACUCCAAGGGACCGCAGGCUCUCAAGGUGCUCACCACAUCCGCCUGGAACCCGCCGCCCGGUCCCCGCAAGCUGCACGGCGAUCUUAUGUAUCUGUAUGUGGUCACGAUGGAGGACAAGCGGUUCCACAUCUCCGCCUGCUCCAAGGGCUUCUACAUCAACCAGUCAACGGACGACACCUUCAACCCCAAGCCCGACAACCCCAGCCACCUGAGCCACUCGCUGAUCGACCUCCUCUCCCACAUAUCGCCCUCGUUCCGACGUGCCUUCCAAACCAUCCAGAAGCGGCGAACCACGCGCCACGCCUUCGAGCGGGUGGCCACCCCAUACCAGGUUUAUCAGUGGGCUUCGCCCAUACUGGAGCACACCGUGGACGCCAUUCGAGCCGAGGACGCCUUCAGUUCCAAACUGGGGUACGAGGAGCACAUCCCCGGACAGACGCGCGACUGGAACGAGGAGCUGCAGACGACGCGGGAGCUGCCGCGCAAGACACUGCCAGAGCGCUUGCUGCGCGAGCGGGCCAUCUUCAAGGUCCAUGGCGACUUUGUGACUGCUGCCACGAGAGGCGCCAUGGCUGUCAUCGACGGCAACGUCCUGGCCAUCAACCCCGGCGAGGAUGCCAAGAUGCAGAUGUUCAUCUGGAACAACAUCUUCUUCUCCCUGGGCUUCGACGUUCGCGAUCACUACAAGGAGCUGGGUGGGGAUGCAGCUGCUUUUGUGGCGCCCCGUUACGACCUCCACGGCGUGAGGGUCUACAACGCCGUGGACGUGGAGGGCCUGUACACGCUGGGCACUGUGGUGAUCGACUAUCGUGGCUACCGCGUCACAGCCCAGUCCAUCAUCCCCGGAAUCUUGGAGCGGGAGCAGGAACAGAGCGUGGUUUACGGCUCGAUCGACUUUGGCAAAACGGUACUCAGCCACCCCAAGUACUUGGAUCUACUGCGACAGGCAGGAAAGCACCUGAAGAUCCUGCCCCACGCCGUGCUCAACGAGCGGGAUGAGCCUGUGGAGCUGUGCUCCUCCGUGGAGUGCAAGGGCAUCAUCGGCAACGACGGCCGGCACUACAUCCUCGACCUGUUGCGCACCUUCCCGCCAGAUGUCAACUUCCUGAAGCUGCCCGAGGUUCAGCUCAGCAAGGAGCUGGUGGACAUGGGUUUCCCCAUCGAACAUCGCCACAAGCUGUGCUGCCUGCGACAAGAGCUGCUCGAGGCCUUCAUCGAGGACCGCUACGUGAGCUUCAUCCGCAUCGCAGCCGUGCACCUGCAGCAGCUCAACUCCAAGAAGCAGUCGGAGAAGCCAGAGGAGAAGCAGCUCCCUGCUCUGGAAGAAGCCGAGAAGGAAACUAGCGAGACCAAGGAACCCGAAACGGAGAAACCUGUCGAAAAGAAGGAAGAGGAGAAGCCGCAGCCCACUUCGAACGAGACCAAGACUGCCGAGGCCAUGGUGAACGCCAUCCGCGAGGCGCAGUCCAACGUGGCCACCUCAAACGAGGUGCAGGCCGCCGAGGUGGUUAAACGGGCAUGUGCCGCCGUCGGCUCUCUGAAGGAGAAGGAGUUCGACUUCCGAUUCAACCCCGAUGUGUUUUCGAGCGGCAUCCGGCAUGUGGACGGCGAGGAGGGCACAUGCAGCUCGUUGGCCAAGCAGAAGGUCCUCGUACAGGAUGCGGCCGAGUUCCUGGUGGUCAAGCAGAUACCCGCCUUCAUCAAGGAGCACCUAGCCCACUCCUCAGCCCCGAUCGAUGGCCAGAGCCUCACGGAGUCCCUGCACAGUCACGGCAUCAACGUUCGCUACCUGGGCAAGGUCAUCAAGCUGCUGGCUCAGAUGCCUCGCAUGGACUACCUGCACAGGAUCGCCGUGCUCGAGCUGAUUGUGCGAGCCACCAAGCACAUCUACUACACCUACAUGCAGAACACGGAGCCGCUGCACUUGUCGGCCGCCAUCAGCCACUUCCUGAACUGCCUGCUGACCACUGGGCCUGUCAACCCGGCCGUGAGCAGCGAGGAGGCCCACAAGAAGCGCAGCAAUGGCAGCAAGCACAACAAACACAAGUCGAAGGGCAACAAACAGCAGGCAUCCGGCAACCAGAACGGCAGCUCUUCAGGCUCCUCAUCUGGCGGCUCGUCUUCUUCCUCCGACUGGACGCUGGUGACGCCACGCUCUCUGUGGCAGCAGAUCCGGCGCGAGGCCAAGAGCUACUGGGACUGGGAGCUCGACUGCGACUCGAUUGAGACCGCAGUGAGCAAGUACGGCAUCCUGCGAAUCAGCCUGCUGCGCGCCUUCUGCCUCAAGGUGGGCAUCCAGGUGCUGCUGCGUGAGUACAACUUCGAGUCCAAGCACAAGCCAACCUUCGGGGACGAGGAUAUCGUGAACGUGUUCCCGGUUGUGAAGCACAUCAGCCCUAGAGCCACGGACGCGUACAACUUCUACACCACGGGUCAGGCCAAAAUCCAACAGGGAAUGUUCAAGGAGGGCUACGAGCUAAUCAGCGAAGCCCUCAACUUGCUCAACAACGUGUUCGGAGCCAUGCACCAGGAGAACGGCUCCUGCCUGCGGAUGCUAGCCAGGCUGAGCUAUCUGCUGGGCGACGCCCAGGAUGCCCUGGCCAUCCAGCAGCGGGCGGUGAUCAUGAGCGAACGGGUCAACGGCAUAGACCACCCUUCAACUAUUUUGGAAUAUACACACUUGUCACUCUAUUCGUUUGCCAAUGGACAUGUUGGAAUGUCCCUUAAAUUGUUGUAUAGGGCGCGUUAUCUAAUAGUGUUGAUCUGCGGCGAGGACCACCCGGAGGUGGCACUGAUCGACAGCAACAUUAGUUUGAUUCUGCACGCACUGGGAGAGUACGAGUUGUCGCUGCGGUUCAUCGAGCAUGCCCUGAAGCUCAACAUCAAGUACUUUGGCAGCAAGGCCAUGCACGUGGCGUUCAGUUACCACCUGAUGGCCCGCACCCAGUCCUGCAUGGGCGACUUCCGCUCGGCGCUCAAUAACGAAAAGGAGACGUACUCCAUUUACAAAUCACAGGUUGGCGAGAAGCACGAGAAGACCCGCGAUUCUGCCGAGUGCCUCCGCCUCCUGACCCAACAGGCGGUUCUGUUGCAGCGCAAGAUGAACGACAUCUAUUCCAAUGGCAAGCUCACCAGCGACCUGCCGCCCAUCCACAUCACGCCACCUUCAAUGGGCUCGGUGUUGGACAUGCUUAACACCAUCAACGGCAUACUGUUUGUACAGAUUAGCCAAAAGGACAUUGUGAAGGUGCGCAGUGAGAUCGAGAAGCAUUUCAAGGCCAACAGCGCCGAAAAUGAGGUAAACGAUGCUAUUAAAUCUAUUGUGGCUGCCGCCAACAACAAUGGAGACGUCGACGCGGAGACGGAUGCCACCAAGGACAAUAAGGAUCUGGGCACUGGCAGCACGCAGCUUACGAAUGGGGAGAAAGACGCAGAAACUGCAGUUGCUUCAAGUUGAACACUCCAGAUACAAAGUUAAUAAUAUGAGACCCAGUCACAAAACGGCCGCCUGUUUGUUGCUUUUUUGUAUCGUUAAUCGUAUUUUGGGACUGAGAAAACUAGAGGAAACUAAAUAAGUUUUAAAAACACCACCACCACCAACAUCUACCACACCUACCCACAACACCUAGGAUGGGAGAAGGCACAAGGGUUAGUGCCUUUUUCGAAGGCUGCUCUUUUCACUGCUCACAUGCAUCGCGACAUAAAUUCAAUACGCCUAGGAGGUCUCGUUAUCCAUUCAGGAUAUGGGCCAAUAAUAUACUUUUAGUCUUAGUGAAGCCAACUAUCAAAAACCUACCAAACAUAUACUACAACAACUACACUUAAUCACCAAAUCAGUUAAGAAGAAAGUGUUCUGAAAAGGAAAGUCACCUAGUUCGCCUAGCUCAUACACACGAAUAAUUUUGUUAGCCAUUCGCCACAAAACGUCAAAUGCCUUUUAUAGUUUAUAAUCGAUACUACAUAAUUUUAUGCAUUGUUUUCUGUUGAAUCAACUUCACAACGAGUAGGCCUAGACAUCGUUGCGGGGCGCCCGAUUGGAAAUGAAAUCCUGAGGAAUAUUGAAAGAUUACGUUUUUGUUAUACAACUAUCAUAUAGAUAUAUAUAUAUAUAUCAGAACAUAUAUAUUACGCAUACAGUUUGGGUCCUUGUUGCGCCAAGGAUCGCAGAUCAUUUAAUCAUAUGAACAGUGUUUUUUAUUAUUAAAAUGGUCGACCAAGCGAUCAAAUAAAGAUAUAAAAACUGCCAGGUUCA